GCAACACGAGUUAUUUCACACGGGAAUGUCAGGAUCAGUGGCGUGGCGGAGUGCAGCACUGAGGGCCCUUGCACUCGGGGCCCUGCUUGUGCUGGUUUGUGGGGGACCCAGACCCGAACACAGGAGCGCGCAGCAUCAGAGAGAACAGGCAGAGUGGACUCAGAGAGCUCAGUAUCCAGCGGUCAACGAUGCACAGCACAUCCAGAUCCCUUCAGUGGACGAUGCACAGUGUGGCGUCUCUUUCUGCAGUUUUGCGUUGGGCUGCACUGAAACCGAUGGCAGACUUCUGUGUCUGUGUAAAGACGGUUACACAGGCGAGAGAUGCGAGAGAUGUGCUCCAGGAUAUUACGGCGAUCCUCUGCUCUACGGUGGCCGCUGUCGUCUGUGCAACUGUCCUGGAAACCUGUGUGACUCUAAGACUGGAGUGUGCAGGAAUUCUCUGGAGCUCCAAGACACAAAUACAGAAGAGCAGUGUGAAGAGUGUGAUAACUGUGCACAGACAUUACUGAAUGAUCUGGAAAAGCUUGAUAUUGAGCUGAGAAUAAUUAAAGAUCAACUGGAUUUGGACUCUCUCAGACCUUCAUCAAAAGAACAUCUGAGGAAGCUUGAAGAAGCCAUUACUGCCACAACGUGUCGUAUGGGAUGUUUGCUGCUUGCUGGGCUGUUCAGAUCUGAGAUCUCUCUAUUUUCAUUACACUUGCUGGAGAUCAAAUAUUUAAUCAAGCCGUUGUAUGUCCAGGUCUGGAAGCAUUCCGAGGAUUCGCAGAAAGCACUUUCUAACGCUGAAAACAGCCACGAACGAGCAAAAGAUCUGGACACCGAGACACAGAACCUCCUCAGAAAAAUACAAGAGCUCCUGAAGCAGCUGAUGGACUCAAACAGCAGUGGAUCAGCUUUGCCCAACACAGAUUUAGCCAAACUCCUGGAACAGUCUGAGAACAUGGUGAAGGAGAUGGAAAAACGACGCUUCACUACACAGAAAGAUGCAGCCAGGAAAGAGCAAGCUGAAGCAAACAAAUUUUUAGAGAAUGUCAAAAACAUCUUAAAGCAGUGCGAUGAGAAUGAAGCGGCGUCGAAGCGUGCUGACGAUCUACUGAGUAGCUAUGAGGCCAAACUGAAAGAGUUAGAGGAUCUGCUCAAACAGGCUGAUAAUACGGUGAAGAAAGCCAUCAAUCAGAACGACAUCAACGCUGAAGGCCUUAAAGAUAUUCUGAAACGAGUGAAAGAUCUGGAGCGUGAGAGAGACCUUGUCCAGGAUCAGAUUGUUCUUGCGGUGAAACAGCUGAAAGACACUGAGGACGUCCUGAAUAUGUUCAGUGACAGCAAAAUGGAAUACGAACAGCUUGCGGCGCAGCUCAACGGAGCAAAGACCGAACUCAAGGAUAAAGUCCAAACCAUCUCACAAGCAGCAGCCAAAGAGAAGAUUGUGAAACAGGCAGAAAAGCAUGCAGAAAACAUGCAGAAACUGGCCAAAGAGCUGCAAGAGGCUGUACAGAAUGUGAGUGGGCGCUCUGGUGUGCAAACCGCUCUCUCUGGGAUAGAGGCGUACAAAAACAUCACCGACGCUGUCAACGCUGCAGAGGAGGCGGCGAAGAAGGCCAAAGAGGCGGCAGACAAAGCACUCAAUGAUGUCAGUGAAGGGGACUUAAUCAACAGGGCAACAAAUCUGAAAAACAAUGGCAAUAACCUACUUAAAGUUGCCAAAAAUGCAGCUAAAGAUCUUAAAGGAGCAACUAAAGACCUCAGUAAUCAGAAGGAACGCCUGCAAGCUGCUGAAGAGAAGAAGAAAGCUCUAGAAAAGGAGUUGCUCUCUGUCCAGGAGGGUUUGAAGGGAAUUCAGAGAGAUGACAUCGGUAACAUUAUCGGCGCGGCUAAGAAAGCGGCAGCGGCGGCCAAUCGCACCACGAGUGACACAAUGAACCAGCUAAACGACAUCAAAGCAGAAGUUACCAAGAUCUCUAUUAGUCCUUCUGUCUCGAAUAUUGACAAUGUUCUCAAUAAUGUGGAAAUGACCGUCAGAAAUGUGAGCGGCUCCAUCCCAUCCCUGCUGGAUAAAAUAGAAGAGAUCAAUUCUCAGAUCAGCGCCGGGAACAACGUGUCUGAUAAUAUUAAUAAGAUAAAGGAACUGAUUGAGCAAGCGCGAGAUGCUGCUAACAGAAUUGUUGUGCCUAUGAAAUUCACGGGUAAAGGGCAUGUGGAGCUGCGUCCGCCGCGAGACUUGGAUGACCUGCGGGCGUACACCGCUCUCACCCUUUCCCUCCAGAGACCCGAGAAACCCAGCCGGCAGCGGCGCCAGACAAAUGAUGACAGUCUGUUCGUGCUGUACCUCGGAAACAAAGACGCAUCCGGAGACUACAUCGGAAUGGCUCUUCGCAAUAACAUCCUGCAUGUCAUCUAUAAGCUCAAUGGAGAGGAGUACGAUAUUGAGGCAUCCAGCAUCACAGAGUCCUCAUCUGAUCUGGCUUUCUUCGACAAAAUCGACCUUUACAGAAUUUAUCAAGAUGCACGAGUUAUUCAAACAAAGCAGUUCACGUCAAUCAAUCCGAAGCCGCCACAGCUGAAAGAAAACCUGGGUGAACUUACACGCAACCUGCUGGAUCUCAGUCCAGAUAAAGUGGUCUUCUAUGUAGGAGGUUAUCCAGAUGACUUCAAACUGCCUGCCUCUCUCAACUAUGGCAAAUACAAGGGCUGCAUUGAGUUUUCCACCUUCAAUGACAAAUUAAUCAGUCUGUACAACUUUAAGAAUGCGGUUAAUAUUAACUUAGAAACCCCUUGCAAGAGACAAAUCCCACUGACAAUCUCAGAGUCAGAUUACUAUGAAGGCACCGGUUACGCCAAAGUCCUGCUUGAAAGAUUCCCCAACUAUCUGUGGAUCAAUCAGAAAGUGGAAACGAGAGCUAAGGAUGCUCUUUUGCUGUAUUUAGGAGACGAGGAGGAUGACUUUUUCUACAGCAUCUCUCUUGAGAAAGGCUACGUUGUUCUGCGUGGCCAAAACAAAAUGAAUAUUUUGGAGCCUGUCAGCAGUCAAGAUAAAGCAAGCCUGUCUCCGGAAACAGAUGUGAAAAUCUUGAUUAUUGCAGGAAGAGAGUUUAAAGUCCGAGUCGGGAACACCGAGGUCAAAAGUACAGACGUCAUUCCACAAACGUUCAAGCACUUCUACGUCGGCGGGAUACCAAACACUUUGCGUGAGAGAUACAACAUCACUAUCCCGGCUCUGAAAGGCUGUGUGAAAAUCGGCACCGCCGGCGGCCCCACUCCGAGCGUUGAAGAGAAAGUGGGCAUCGGCAGAGGCUGCACUAAUGAGCUACUGAUGGUGAGGAAAGCUGAAUUCAGCCUCGGCAGUGCAUUGGAGAAACUCCAUGAAGACUUCAGCUUGGACGAUGUCAGUCUUUCUCUGGGCUUCAGGAGUACAAAACCAGACGGCAUCCUGCUGCAGAACAGCAAAAAUAAUAAAGACAUUGAGCUUUCCAUGGAGAACGGAUAUGUGCUCCUGAAAUUCCAAGGCAGCGUCUGGAAAUCUACUAAGCAGUACAGGGAUGGAGAAUGGCAUUAUCUCACUGUUUCUGGACAGGGCCAACGCACUGAACUUCGAAUUGAUGAAGAAGAUGUUGGCCAGAGAGUGACGGGAUCUUCAUCUGGACUGUAUUCGUCCAGCGUGAUCCUGGGCAAAGACACCUUUAAGGGCUGCAUCUCCAACCUUUAUCUGAGGAGACCCGAUUCUCUAUAUAGAGCGGAGGAUCUGAGUGCUUACUCUUCCACAGGAGACGUGCUGUUGAACACAUGCAGCGCCGCACGCAAUAUGCAGCAGCAUAGCUGAGGCGAGGAGUAUAUGACGCAGACAUUUCACAUGGAGAUCUUUGGAAGAAAUGCUGUUAUAUUACAGCAUAACCAACUCACUUUAACCAGCUGCUGCAUUGCAUAUAUUUUCAUGGCACAUCUGUAGUAGUUUUCAUUUCAUGGUCCCAUUAGAGAUAUAACAAUUGCAUUGUAAAAGAGAAUCAAAUGACAAUUUAGCAAUUCUGGAAACUUCUGCUGUGUUAUUGAGCUCAUUUAAGUUGGCAUCAGAAUGCUUGCCUGUACUUUUACACCACAUUUCAGAUUAUGCAUUGUGUUUAAUAGGAUUUUGUGGUGAUGAAAUACAAUACAAUGUUAAACAUUGAAUACAACUCCUUUGCAUUGC